UACAAAAUGAGUAAAUCAAUUUUAAUGCAAAAGCAAGUGAAGGAUAAUGCGGAAGAUUUACAGAAAGAAUUUCUUGAUAUGAAGAAUUGGGAAGAACAAAUGAAGCAGAAAGAUGAGGAAUUGAGGAAAGAAACAAGUAAUCAUAGUCAGAUCACUUUACCACCAAUCAGAAGCAAUCAUAAAAAUAAGAUAAAACAUAUUCUUACAAAGCAAAAUGGAAGUGACAAUAAAUCAAAAAGAAUUAAGUCAUUGGAUUAUUUGUCUUGGGAGAAAUUUGAUGUGAAUAAAGCAUGUAAAGAUGUAGAAAAGGAGCAACAAUCAGAUGAGUCUGAAGAUGAAAAAAUGUCUAAAAAAGAAUUAGAGAAAGCAUAUCAAGAAGCAACAAAACAUAAAGAUGAAGGAAAUACUUUUGUGAAGCAACAAAAAUGGUCUAAAGCAGUUGAGUGCUAUAGUGAAGCUAUAAAAAUUUUUGCAUAUGAUGCUAUAUUUUAUGCAAAUCGUGCACUUUGCCAAUUAAAACUAAAUAAUUUCUUUUCUGCUGAAUCAGAUUGUUCUGCAGCAAUACAAUUGGAUGAAAAUUAUGUGAAAGCUUAUCACAGAAGAGCAACAGCUAGAAUGAAUUUGAAACAAUAUAAAGAGGCCAAACAGGAUUUGGAAAAAGUUCUAAAAUUAGACUCUUUCAAUAAGGAAGCCAAGUCACUGCUUACUCAAAUUGAAAAUAAGAUUAAAUGUUUAGAGGCAUCUACUAUAGAAAAAGAAGUUGCAAAGAAAUCACCUGAAAAGUUAACAAUUCAAAAAAGAACUGAUGAAAAAUUACGGGAUAAGAUUAUAUCAAAGGCACAAGAAAUAGAUGCUAAAAAUCUUAAAGACACUAAACACACUGAAGAGAGUAAAAAUAUUAUACAAAACAAAAACACUGAAGAAGGUGUAAAAGAUAAUGUAAAAGAGGUAAUUUUAGAAAAGAAAAGAGGUCCACGUAUUCCCGAUUGGUUACCAGAGAAAGAUGAUGUUAUUGUAAUAGAACCUAUUGAAAAACCUCCUCAUUUACGUUCAAAGAAACCAUUGACAAAAAUUCCUGUUGAAGAAGUGGAAUUUAAUACUUUCCAAUAUAAUGAUAAGGUAGUAUAUAAUAAAAAUGAACCUGCACAGAAAGAAGACGUCAUUAAAGAUAAUCUUGUAACGAAUAAUAGUAUCGUUAAAAUUUGCGAGCAUCCAGAAGAUAUUAGCAAUAUACCUCCAGUUCCUAAAACAGCUGUACAAUUUUUGAUGAAUUGGAAAAAGAAUAAGUCAUUAGAAUAUAAAUAUAAAUAUUUGAAGCAAGUACCUGAGAACAGUUUACCUAAAAUAUUUCAAGAGUCAAUGGAAUCCGACAUUUUUAGCGAAAUAUUAAAAGUUUUGAGAACAGAAUUUAUAAAGAGGAAAGACCCUGUAUUUUACUAUUUAAAAGAUCUCAGUGAAGUUAAACGAUUUAGGGCGCUUAUUAUGUUUAUUAGCAAUAGUGAAAAAGAAAGUUUAAGGAUACUUUUUGAAUAUUGUAAAACAGUUGAAAAUGUAUCCCAAGAUAAGAUUUCAACUUUACAAAAGAAAUACGAAAUUUAA